AUGUGUCCCCUACGAAGAGAACCUUUUCUUUCUUAUUUUAUCCGAAAUUCAAGUUUUUAUCAGAUAUUUCAGUGCGUCGCGUACAAGUCAGAAGUACGAUUGUAUAGAACGUGUUCUAUUUCAAAAAAUGAACGAGAUGACGAUUGCAUUUUAGCUAUUGUAAAGCAAUUAAAAAGCGCCCAGCUUAAGACCUCAUGGAUUUAUCUUAUCAAAGCAUGUCUGGAGAAGAUAUGA